AUGACACUAAUGAAUGAAAGCCACCCUGAGGAGUUCGUUCUAUUGGGCUUUGCUGACCGACCUUGGCUGGAGCUUCCUCUGUUCAUUAUUCUUCUGAUAACAUACCCCAUGGCCAUGAUAGGAAACAUUGCUAUCAUCUUGGUAUCCAAGAUAGACACCCAUCUCCACAGCCCCAUGUAUUUCUUCCUCUCCAACCUCUCCUUUCUGGACAUGUGUUACACCACAAGCAUUGUCCCACAGAUGCUCUUCAACCUAGGCCACUCUAAGAUAAUCAGCUACACUGGGUGUGUAAUUCAGCUUUAUGUCUUUAGUGUAAUGGGGGGGACAGAAUGUCUGCUCUUGUCUGUUAUGUCCUUUGACCGCUAUGUGGCCAUCUGCAGGCCUCUGCACUACACCUUCAUCAUGAGUCAGCACAUCUGUCUCUUACUAGUAUCCACUGUGUGGUUGGGUGGAAUGGCAUAUGCUUUCUCAGAAGCUACACUUACACUACAGCUGCCACUCUGUGGUGUAAAUAAGCUGGAUCACUUGUUGUGUGAGAUUCCGGUUCUGAUCAAGACUGCCUGUGGUGAAAAGGAGACCAAUGAGCUUGCACUCUCUGUUGUGUGCAUCUUUAUGUUAGCUGUCCCUCUGUGUUUAAUUCUUGCUUCCUAUGCUAGUAUUGGACAUACCAUAUUUAAGGUGAAAUCUUCAGAAGGAAGGAAAAAGGCUGUUGGGACAUGUUCCUCUCACCUCCUUGUGGUUUCUCUAUUUUAUGGUCCAGCCAUUAGCAUGUACCUUCAGCCUCCCUCUUCCAUCUCCAGGGACCAGCCCAAGUUCAUGGCUCUCUUCUAUGGGGUGGUGACUCCUACCCUCAACCCCUUCAUCUACACACUGAGGAAUAAGGAUGUGAAGCGAGCCCUAGAAAAGCUGUUGAGGGGCAUUUUCAGCUACAAGUGA